AUGAGGAUAGUUGAGAUGGCGAUUAGGCAUGGGGCAAAGAGGGCCAAGCCUAUUUUUUCGAUAGAUGUGUAUGGCACUAUGAUUGCCACGUGCUCGCUAGAGGGCGAGGUCAAUAUAUGGGAUGCCGAAUGCAGGCUGACCAAGACAAUCAAGAAGCAUACCGGUGCGGUGCUUUGCAUCCGAUUUAAUGAAGAUGGGAGGUUUCUUGCGUCUGGAGGAGAUGACGGAAUGGUUUUUGUGUAUACAAGCGAUGGCGAUGUUGUGUAUUCUGCAUCUGAGCAUGAGAGUGAUGUGAGCAAUGUGAUGUGGACAGAUAGAUUUCUGGUUAGUGUGGGAUAUGAUGGAUGGGUUGUGCUUUACGACUUGAAGGCGCUCUGUGUUGCCAAGAAAAUGCAUUCGCACGAAGGACAGAUAAAGGGAAUUUGCAUUGAUAAGAACUACAAGUACAUGUGCACACAGGGAGAGGAUGGUCUUGUUGUAUACAAAGACUACGAGGCUAUCAAGAAGAUGGAUGCAUCGAAGGAGAUGAUUCUUGAGUCGUUUUUUUCGAGAAUGGGAUGCUCGCCAGACGGCAGGCUCUUUGCAUCAGGGUUGUCGUUCAACACGAAGUGCAAUAGUGUGGAGGUGUUUGAUUGCGAACUGAAGAGUGAGUGCUCGCUUAUUGGGCAUGCAGCGCCUUGCGAGGCCGUUGCUUUCAAUCCAAAGGUGUAUAUGGCAAACAAAAGAUACUAUGUGAUGGCGGUGUCUUCUCAGGACUUGAGCUUGUCGCUGUGGACAUCGCUAUCUGUGAAGCCAUUUGUACUGAUCAAGAACCUGACAAAGUUGCCUGUACUAGACAUGUGCUGGAACAAUGAAGGAACAAAGUUGUAUGUGUGCUCAUACAAUGGAGAGGUAGUGAGGAUUGAUAUUGAUGAGGGAGAGCUCGGAAGCAUAAGCGAAGGAGUAGAUGAAGAGGAUGAAGGAAUCUUGUUUUCGAUAGAAUGUAAGGAGAUGCUUUCCAAAACCUCGCCAUGCACCGAAGACAAGCAUCCUGAGCAGAAGAAGAAGACAGUAAGGCCAGUGCUGGUGCUGAGCAAAUCUGUGGAUGGAGAGCCGGCAUUGAAUGGUGUAGAGAUGCACACUGAUCAUUCGUUCCUGGUGAUGUUUAAUUAUACAAGCAAGAGGAUGAUUGAGAAGACUGUAUGCCAGACCCUGUCACGAGUAUUUGGAGAUUUUAGUAUUGAGUUGAAUGCAGACAGGAGCAGUGUGUGUGUUAAGCGAGGAGGGAUUGAGUUUUACAGAAUACAUGGGAGAAUAGAGUUGGUGUGUGCUACUAAGAAGUAUAUCUGUGUGUACACUGGAUGCAUCCGACUGUAUGAUCUGAGGACAGGCGUGCUGGCAAUACCAUUUAUAUGCUCGCAUGAUGUUGUGAUGGUGGAUAUACUUAGGAACGAUGUGCUUUACCUGCAGUCUGAUGGGACGUUUACAGUGUUCUCGAUGCACAAGCGCAAAGCAUAUCUGAGCGGGGUGCUUCCAAGACUCGACAUGUUUGCAUCUCUGCGGUUGGAUAGGAAAUACUUUCUUGUUGCUGUGUUUGGUGAAGAGGAGUAUUUUUUUUCGAAGAAGUGCAGAGUGUGGUUUUCUAAGACUCCGAAAUAUAACACGGUGUGGUCUAAAGACACCGAUAUGGCCGAAGAUCGUGACGAAAGCCUGGAAUGUCUUGAGAACGAGUUUCUUGUGGCAUAUGCGGCAAAUGACAAGAGAGAAAUGGGAAUUGCUGUAAAAAAGACCAUAAAGGCAGCGUGCAGGAUGAAGAAGACAACGGACUAUGUGGAGGCGCAGCUUGGAAGCAUGAUCAGAACAAUGAUCGGAGUAGGGGAAAAUGAUUACACGAUCCGGAUGCUAGAGAUGCUCAACACCAACCAUUCAUUCCAGCCAUUUGUGUUUUCGAUUCUGAAGGAGAUUGGGAGAAUGUAA